AAGAUGGCGGACCGCCUGCCUUCCGAGUUUGAUGUGGUGGUCGUGGGCACGGGCUUACCUGAAUCUAUCAUUGCGGCAGCAUGUGCAAGGAGCAACCAGACAGUUCUUCACGUGGAUUCGAGAAAUUACUAUGGAGGAAACUGGGCCAGUUUUAGCUUCUCGGGAUUAUUGUCCUGGAUAAAAGAAAACCAAGAGCAGGCUGAUCCAUGUGAGGAAAGUACAGCUUGGCAAGAACUAAUUCUUGAAAAUGAGGAAGCAAUUCCUCUUAACAAGGAAGACCAAACCAUCCAGAAUGUAGAAUAUUUCUGCUAUGUUAGCCAGGACUCAGCCGAAGAUGUUGAAGAAGCUGGUGCUCUACCAAGAUCGUCCGCCUCAAGCACUUCUGCCUUGCGUAAGGAUUCAGAGGAAACCUCUGCGGCCGCUGAGGUUGAGAAGGGAUGCGUGUCUUCAGAUGGUGGGGCCGAGAGUGAAGAAAUCUGCCCUCAGAGUGAUGCAGGAAGUGACCCACAAGGCACCAGUGACAAAGCGGACGAUGCAGAAGCGACUUCUCUGGAAGGGAACUCCUCUGACAGCAUCGUCGACAACAAACCUGAGCCAGUCCCUGAAGCUCCAGCUGAACCAAGGAAAAUCACCUAUCCCCAAAUCGUAAAAGAAGGGCGGCGGUUUAAUAUCGAUUUAAUUUCUAAGCUCCUCUAUUCCCGAGGAUUGCUGAUUGACCUCCUCAUUAAGUCCAAUGUCAGCCGAUAUGCCGAGUUCAAAAAUGUGACUCGUAUUCUUAUAUUGAAAGAUGGCAGAGUGGAAGAGGUUCCAUGUUCCAGAGCUGACAUUUUCAAUAACAAACAGCUGACGAUGGUGGAAAAAAGAAUGCUGAUGAAAUUUCUGACCUUCUGCCUGGAUUUUGAACAGCGCCCUGAUGAAUACCAAGCUCAGAAGGACGGCAAGUUUGCUGAUUAUUUAAAAACCCAGAAGUUAACUCCCAACCUGCAGCAUUUCAUUCUGCAUUCCAUUGCAAUGGUCUCUGCGGCCGAUUGUUGCACCAUAGACGGUCUGAAGGCCACUCAAAAAUUUCUGCAAUGCCUCGGGCGCUACGGCAACACCCCCUUCUUAUUUCCUUUGUAUGGCCAAGGAGAAAUCCCUCAGUGUUUUUGUCGGAUGUGUGCAGUGUUUGGUGGGAUCUAUUGCCUCCGGCAUUCCAUAAAGUGUCUUGUGGUAGACAAAGAACUUAGAAGGUGUAAAGCCGUUAUCGAUCAUUUCGGUCAAAGGAUAAAUGCAAGUUAUUUCGUUGUGGAGGACAGUUACCUUUCAGAAAAAAUAUGCAAAAACGUAUCUUACAGGCAGAUCUCCAGAGCUGUUCUCUUAACGGAUCGACCCGUACAGAAUAACGAGAGCUCCGAUCAGCAGAUUUCCAUCUUGACUGUCCCACCCCAGGAGGAAGGCCAGCCAGCUGUUUGCCUUGUGGAAUUGUGUUCUUCAGCCAUGACCUGCAUGAAAAAUACAUAUCUGGUUCAUUUGACCUGUCCUUCCAUUCAAAGUGCUAAAGAAGACUUGACGCAUGUGGUGGAGCAGUUGUUCAGUGUUGCAGAAACAGAUGGGGAAGAUGAAGGGGAAGGAGCCAAACCUCAAGUUCUCUGGUCCGUGUAUUUCAACAUGAGGGAUUCCUCCAGCGUUGACAGGUCCUCGUAUGAAAAUUUGCCCUCCAACGUGUAUGUUUGUUCUGGGCCAGACGGGGCACUGGGGAAUGAUUGCGCCGUCAAACAGGCUGAAAACAUCUUUCAAGAAAUGUUCCCCAGUGAAGAAUUCUGCCCCCCACCUCCGAAUCCAGAAGACAUCAUCUACGAUGGAGACGGGACCCAGCCAGAAGAUCCUGGAUUCAGCAACCCACCCAAAGGCCAGGCAGAGAAGGUGCCAGAGAAGAGCCUUAAAGAAGAACCGCCUGAGGAAUGACAAGGCCAGAACCGAAGCCUCGUGGCUCCAGACCCCGAGCAAAGUUCCAACACUUGUCAUGCGUCAUGUGUCACUCCAGGAAUUUUGGGUGGGGCCUUUGCAGAGCUGGUUAACAGACUGAAUUGAACGGGGAAUGUGAAGGGCCUUCCAGCCAUGGGUUAAAAAGUAUUACAUGCUCAACUCAUUUCUCCUCAAAAUCCAUGUUAAUAUCUUGUAAAUAAGGCUUUCAACGGAUUAGGCCAGUUGGCCAAAGUCAACAGUAGCGCCCAUAUGUCAUUUGGCUUGUUUUCAAAAGAAGGGCAAACUGAUUGCCAAUCCCCUCUCGUUGGGAACAUAUGUCUUCAGUUACGGCACAAAUUCUUCUUCCUGAAAGGAACACCUUUCAAAUAUUACAGUACGGUUCCGUUUGGCUUGCUGUACAGAAUAAUAUCUGAAGUGGCUUUAAAACUCACUGUCUUAAAACUCAGUAAAAUUGCAUAAUAAAGCAGAUAGCAUAGCUUUCUUGGAAA